AUUUGCAGCUCAGCUAUAUAAACCCAGCAGAAUCUGGCUGAUCUGACCAGUUUGCCUUACUGUCAAACAUUUCUGUGCUUCACACACAUACGCACACACACAGCAUCAGGCAACGCAACUUUUCUGACUUUUGACAGGACAGCAACAAAGUCGGAAGCCUGAUAGCUGACUUGAGCAUCAUAUUUAUUUCAUGGAGGCUGCUCACAGCAGGAUCUAAUCUCUGUCAGAGUCUGUAAGGGAACAACUGUACCAGGAAAGGAAAGGAAAUUCAAUUUGGUUUGAACUGGCUCUCCAAUUUCGGCUCCAGACUACAAAGACCAAACAGAAAUAAGACUCCAUCAGCUUCACAAAGAACUCAACGCCGCAAUGGGGCUCUCCACCCAGGUGCUGGCCUGUGUAAUCUUAGCUUUGUUACACCAGCAUGCCAGUGGUGGACUCAUCAAGAGAAUUAUCCGUCAUAAGCGGGAGACUGGGCUAAAUGUGACCUUGCCAGAAGAUAAUCAACCCGUGGUUUUCAACCACGUCUACAACAUUAAAUUACCUGUUGGCUCCCUUUGCUCUGUGGACCUCAGUUCAGCUAGCGGUGAUGCAGAUUUGAAGGCGGAAAUUGAGCCAGUCAAGCACUAUGAGGAGCACACGGUGAAUGAGGAGAACCAGAUUGUCUUCACGCACCGGAUCAACAUUCCCCGCCGGGCUUGUGGCUGCGCCGCUGCUCCAGACAUUAAGGAUCUGCUGAGCAGACUGGAGGAGCUGGAGGGGCUGGUAUCCUCCCUACGAGAGCAGUGUGCCAGCGGUGCUGGAUGCUGUCCCAGUGCCCAAACAGCAGAAGGUCGUCUGGACACAACACCCUAUUGCGGUGGACAUGGGAACUACAGCACAGAGAUCUGCGGAUGCAUCUGUGAGCCUGGCUGGAAAGGCCCCAACUGCUCCGAACCCAACUGCCCACACAACUGCUUCAACAGGGGCCGCUGCGUCCAUGGCAAGUGCGUCUGUGACGAAGGCUUCACUGGUGAGGACUGUGCCCAGGCCACGUGCCCGUCGGAUUGUAACGACCAAGGCAAGUGCGUCGAUGGGGUUUGUGUGUGCUUUGAGGGGUACACGGGCGCAGACUGCAGCGAGGAGCUCUGCCCCGAGGGGUGCAGCGUGCAUGGUAAGUGUGUGAGCGGGCGGUGCGUGUGCAACGAGGGCUUCAUUGGCGAGGACUGCAGUGAGCCUCUCUGCCCCAACAACUGCAACAACCGCGGGCGCUGUGUGGACAACGAGUGUGUCUGCGACGAGGGCUACACUGGUGAAGACUGCGGUGAGCUCGUCUGUCCCAACGAUUGCUUUGACCGUGGGCGCUGCAUCAAUGGGACCUGCUACUGUGAGGAGGGCUACACCGGGGAGGAUUGCGGAGAGCUGACCUGCCCCAACGAUUGCAACAACAACGGGCGCUGCGAGAAUGGGCUGUGUGUGUGUCAUGAAGGCUUCGUGGGGGACGACUGCAGUGAAAAGAGGUGCCCAAAAGACUGCAACAACCGUGGGCGCUGUGUCAACGGGCGCUGUGUGUGCGAUGAGGGCUACCUGGGAGAAGAUUGCGGAGAGCUCCGGUGCCCCAGUGACUGCCACAACCGUGGGCUCUGCGUCAACGGGCAGUGUGUGUGCAACGAGGGAUUCAUCGGGGAAGACUGCGGAGAGCUCCGGUGCCCCAGUGACUGCCACAACCGUGGGCGUUGCAUCAGCGGGCAAUGUGUGUGUGACGAGGGAUUCACCAGGGAAGACUGUGGUGAGCUGCGGUGCCCCAACGAUUGUAACAACCAUGGGCGCUGUGUCAACGGGCAGUGUGUGUGUGACGAGGGAUACACAGGAGAAGACUGUGGGGAGCUGCGAUGCCCUGAAGAUUGCCACAACAGAGGCCAGUGUGUAGAAGGGCAGUGUGUGUGCGACAACGGCUUCACUGGGGACGACUGUGGGGAGCUGGCCUGCCCCAACAACUGCAACAACCGUGGGCGCUGCGUCAACGGGCAAUGUGUAUGUGAGGAAGGGUUCACAGGAGAAGACUGUGGUCAACGGCGCUGCCCCAAUGACUGCCAUGGCCGGGGCCUCUGCGUUGAUGGACGGUGCGUGUGUGAGGAAGGCUUUGUUGGGGAUGACUGCCGUGAACGCUCCUGCCCCAACAACUGCAACAACGUGGGACGCUGUGUCGAGGGACAGUGUAUCUGUGAGGAUGGUUACAUAGGGAACGACUGUUCUGAUGUGUCACCUCCAACUGAGCUGACUGUGACAAAUGUAACAGAUAAGACCGUAAAUCUGGAGUGGAAGCAUGAGAAUCUAGUCAAUGAGUAUCUUGUCACCUACGUCCCUACCAGCAGUGGUGGCCUAGAUCUGCAGUUCACUGUGCCAGGAAACCAGACAUCUGCCACUAUUCAUGAACUGGAGCCGGGUGUGGAAUACUUCAUCCGUGUCUUUGCAGUCCUUAAAAACAAGAAGAGUAUUCCAGUCAGUGCCAGGGUAGCAACAUACCUGCCUGCUCCAGAAGGUCUGAAAUUCAAAUCAGUUAGAGAAACAUCCGUCCAGGUGGAGUGGGAUCCUCUGAACAUUUCAUUUGAUGGAUGGGAGCUGAUCUUCCGUAAUAUGAAAAAAGAGGAUAAUGGAGAUAUAACCAGCAGCUUGAAAAGGCCAGAAACAUCAUAUAUGCAGCCAGGUUUGGCCCCAGGGCAACAGUACAAUGUAUCCCUUCAUAUAGUGAAAAAUAAUACCAGAGGACCAGGACUGUCAAGGGUGAUAACGACAAAGCUUGAUGCCCCUAGCCAGAUUGAGGCAAAAGAUGUCACGGAUACCACAGCUCUGAUCACGUGGUCCAAACCCUUGGCUGAAAUCGAAGAGAUAGAACUCACCUAUGGCCCCAAGGACAGUCCAGGGGACAGGACAACCAUUGACCUCUUUGAGGAUGAAAACCAAUAUUCCCUUGGAAACCUGAAGCCACACACAGAGUAUGAAGUGAUGCUCAUCUCUCGGCGAGGGGACAUGGAAAGUGAUCCCAUGAAAGCAGUCUUUGUCACAGACUUGGAUGCUCCAAAGAACCUGAAGUGGGUGUCACAGACAGACAACAGCAUUACUUUGGAGUGGAAGAACAGUCAUGCAAACAUCGAUAACUACAGAAUUAAGUUUGCUCCCAUCUCUGGUGGAGACCAUGCUGAGAUCACAGUGCCAAAGGGCAACCAGGCAACAACCCGAGCUACCCUCACAGGCUUGAGGCCUGGAACCGAAUAUGGCAUUGGAGUGACAGCAGUGAGACAGGACAGGGAAAGUGCUCCUGCUACCAUUAAUGCUGGGACUGAUCUUGACAAACCCAAGGAUUUGGAAGUCAGUGACCCCACUGAAACAACUUUAUCCCUUCGCUGGAGAAGACCAGUGGCUAAAUUUGAUCGUUACCGCCUCAUUUAUCUUAGCCCUUCGGGAAGGAGGAAUGAAGUGGAGGUCCCUGUGGACAGUACCUCUUUUAUCCUGCGAGGGUUGGAGGCAGGGACAGAAUACAACAUCAGUCUGGUGGCGGAGAAAGGCAGACACAAAAGCAAACCCACGUCUGUCAAGGGUUCGACUGAGGAGGAACCUGAGCUUGGGAAGUUAACAGUGUCAGAAGUUAAUUGGGAUGGUCUCCAAAUCACCUGGACAGCAACUGGCAGGACCUAUGAAAACUUUAUCAUUCAAGUGCAGGAGUCUGGCAAACCAGAAGAACCCAGGACUAUCACAGUCCCAGGUGGACUGCGUUUUAUGAAUGUUACAGGCCUCAAGGCCAACACACCUUAUAACAUCACACUUCAAGGUGUAAUUCAAGGCUACAGGACCAAACCCCUUUCUGUUGAAACCACGACAGGAGAGCACCCAGAAGUUGGUGAGCUAACCGUUUCCGACAUUACUCCUGAAAGCUUCAACCUUUCUUGGACAACCACCAGUGGGGACUUCGACGUCUUUACUAUUGAAAUUAUUGAUUCUAACAGGUUGCUGGAGCCCAUGGAAUUCAACAUCUCAGGCAACUCAAGAACUGCUCAUAUCUCAGGGCUUUCUCCCAGCACUGAUUUCAUUGUCUACCUCUAUGGGAUCACUCAUGAUUUCCGCACUCAGGCGAUAAGUACUGCAGCUACCACAGAAGCAGAACCGGAAGUCGACAACCUUCUGGUUUCAGAUGCUACCCCAGAGAGCUUCCGUCUGUCGUGGACUGCUGAUGAUGGGGUUUUCGACAGUUUUGUUCUAAAAAUCAGGGAUACCAAAAGGAGAUCUGAUCCACUGGAAGUAAUAGUACCAGGCCAUGAGCGCACCCAUGAUAUAUCGGGGCUGAAAGAGGGUACUGAGUAUGAAAUAGAGCUCCAUGGAGUUAGCAGUGGACGACGUUCCCAACCCAUAAAUGCAAUUGCAACCACAGUUGUUGGAUCUCCCAAGGGAAUUUCUUUCACGGACAUCACAGAAAACUCAGCUACAAUCAGUUGGACACCACCACGUUCCCGUGUGGAUAACUUCCGGAUUUCCUACGUCCCUGUGUCAGGAGGUACUCCCAGCAUUGUUACAGUUGAUGGAAGCAAGACAAGGACCAAGCUGGUGAAAUUAAUCCCGGGUGUAGACUACACUGUUAGUAUCAUCUCUGUGAAAGGCUUUGAAGAAAGCGAACCCAUCUCUGGAACACUGAAAACAGCUCUGGACAGUCCAUCAGGCCUUGUAGUGAUGAACAUCACAGACUCUGAGGCAUUGGCGACCUGGCAGCCAGCAAUUGCCGCCGUGGAUAACUACGUUGUCUCCUAUGUUUCUGAGGAUGAGCCAGAAGUUAAUCAGAUGGUGUCAGGAAACACUGUGGAGUAUGAUCUGAACGGGCUUCGACCUGCAACUGAGUAUACACUGAAGGUCCAUGCACUGAAGGACACACAGAGGAGUGAAACCCUUUCUACCAAGUUCACUACAGGACUGGAUGCUCCAAGAGAUUUAAGUGCCACUGAGGUUCAGUCAGAAACAGCUGUGAUAACCUGGAGGCCUCCGCGUGCUCCUGUCACUGACUAUCUCCUCAUCUAUGAGUCCGUUGAUGGCAAAGUCAAGGAAGUCAUCCUAGGCCCUGAGACAACUUCCUACAGUCUGACAGAGCUGAGCCCAUCUACUCAAUACACGGUGAAACUUCAGGCGCUGAACAGAUCCUUGAAGAGCAAAGUGAUCCACACUAUUUUCACUACAAGUGGUCUUCUCUAUCCUUAUCCUAAAGAUUGCUCCCAGGCUCUUCUGAAUGGAGAAACUGCCUCUGGACUCUACACAAUCUACCUGAACGGGGACAAGGCACAGCCUCUGCAAGUCUUCUGCGACAUGGGCGAGGAUGGGGGCGGAUGGAUUGUGUUCCUGAGGCGCCAAAAUGGAAAGGAAGAUUUCUACAAGAACUGGAGGAAUUAUGUGGCUGGUUUUGGAGAUCUUAAGGAUGAAUUCUGGAUAGGUCUGGAGAACCUCCACAGAAUCACCGCUCAGGGCCAGUAUGAGCUGCGUGUGGAUCUGCGGGACAGAGGUGAGACAGCCUACGCUGUCUAUGACAGGUUCAGCGUUGGAGAUGCUAAGAGCCGCUACCGCCUAAGAGUAGAUGGAUACAGCGGCACAGCAGGUGACUCCAUGACCUACCAUAAUGGAAGGUCCUUCUCCACCUUCGACAAAGACAAUGAUUCCGCCAUCACCAACUGUGCUUUGUCAUACAAGGGUGCAUUCUGGUACAAGAAUUGUCACCGAGUCAAUCUAAUGGGCAGAUAUGGUGACAACAGCCAUAGUCAGGGCGUUAACUGGUUCCACUGGAAGGGCCAUGAGUACUCCAUCCAGUUUGCAGAGAUGAAGCUGAGACCCUCCAGCUUCCGAAAUCUGGAAGGAAGACGAAAGCGAGCGUAAAGGCCCGGAGUGACAGAAGGGCUACAGGCAGGGCAUGGGGGGGAGGGAGA